CUAAUUACUAUUUUUUUUAUUUUUAGAUAAAUAAAACAAGUUCAAAAUGAAAUUCUUCAUUGCCUUUGCUGUUCUCAUUGCUGGCAUCAGUGCUGUGCCGCACCAUGACGCUCAUUCAAUUGAUUUUUCUGACGAGCGUGUAGUGGCUGAAGCCAUUGAGGAAGCCAUCGAGGGAGUGAGCCAAUCCAUCAGGGACGCUGGUCUGGACCCCUUCCACAUCAAGAGGGAAGACUUCAGCUACGCACUCCCAGUACCCGAACUCUUCAAACUUGAUGCGUACAUCGAUGAAGUUCUGAGCACUGGUCUCAGCAACAUCAAGAUCAACAGACUGUACUACAGCUCACUCUUCACCCGCCUCCAAUUCGACCUUGAGAUGCCUCUUAUACACUUUUCUCUCGGCGGUGCCAAAUCUGACGUAGUUUUGUUCAACCACGAUCUUGGAGUUAGUGCGUCUGGAAGCGUCGACGUUGAGAGAAUUCGUGUUGUCGGUGAGAUCGACCUGUACAUUGGCAUCAUCACCGGUGUUACAGUCCAGAAAGUUGAUAUCUCCUUCACUCUGAAUGACAUUAAGUCUGAUGCCAACCUAGUCAUCUUCGGUGAAGACUACUCAGAUGACUUCAACAAUUACGUCGGCGGAGUUGUUCCUGACACCAUCAAGGCUCAUUACAAUGAAAUCAACGAGCUCUUCGAAAUUGUGAUCACCGAUAUUCUCAAGGAAAAUUUGUGAAGUGAUUUAAAAAACUCUAGCUUAGCUUAAUGGUAACAGAUCUAUAUUUUGCAUAGUUAUAAUAUGAUAAUGAAUAAAUAUUUUUUUGUAAGUCAA